ACACCACUUUCUCCCCUUUUUUGGCUUACUUAUUUCUAGGGUUUUAAAUCUCCAUCAAAUCAGAUUCGUCAUCAUAAUCAAAUUCAUAUCCACAGAUCCGUAAUUCGAUUUCACCAUGGAGAAUGGAGGAAGUAAUUUGGACUCUCAAAUAGAGUCACUGUUGAAUGUCGAGAAGCAGAUGAGAAUGAACGGCGAUGUCGCCGGCUUGAAGAAAGCCGUAAUGGAUAUCAUUCAGCUUUGCUUUCAAGCUCGCGCUUGGAAGACUCUCAAUGACCAGAUUGUUGUUUUAUCGAAACGCCGUGGACAGUUGAAACAGGCUGUCACUGCUAUGGUCCAACAAGCAAUGCAGUAUAUAGAUGAGACACCAGAUGUUGAAACCAAGAUUGAGCUUAUUAAAACUCUAAACAGUGUAUCGGCUGGGAAGAUUUAUGUGGAGAUUGAGAGAGCCCGAUUGGUUAAAAGACUAGCUAAGAUUAAGGAAGAGCAAGGGCAGAUAGCUGAGGCUGCCGAUUUGAUGCAAGAAAUUGCGGUGGAAACUUUUGGUGCAAUGGCAAAAACUGAAAAGAUUGCGUUCAUUUUGGAACAAGUGCGUCUGUGUCUAGAUCGACAAGAUUAUGUGCGUGCACAGAUCCUUUCAAGGAAGAUUAGCCCCCGAGUUUUUGAAUCCGAUCCUUCUAAAGAAAAGAAAAAGCCAAAAGAAGGUGAGAGUAUUGUGGAAGAAGCCCCUGCUGAUAUACCAUCAUUGCUGGAACUAAAGAGGAUUUACUAUGAACAUAUGAUACGCUAUUAUUCACACAACAAUGAGUACCUCGAAAUCUGCAGAUGUUACAAAUCGAUAUAUGAAAUUCCUUCUGUUAAGGAAGACCCUUCAAAGUGGAUACCGGUUUUGAGGAAAAUUUGCUGGUAUUUGGUUCUGGCACCACAUGAUCCUAUGCAGUCAAGUCUUUUGAAUUCUACCUUAGAGGAUAAAAAUCUUUCAGAAAUUCCUCAUUUUAGGUUGCUACUAAAACAAGUGAUAACAAUGGAAGUCAUUCAGUGGACUGCUUUGUGGAAUGCUUUUAAAGACGAGUUUGAAAACGAAAAGAACUUGCUUGGUGGCUCAUUAGGAGACAAAGCUGCAGAGGAUCUUCAGGAGAGAAUUAUAGAGCAUAAUAUCUUAGUUGUCUCGAAGUACUACACAAGGAUCACGGUGAAAAGACUUGCAGAGCUGCUUUGUCUAACAAUCGAGGAAGCGGAAAAACAUCUUUCUGAUAUGGUGGUAUCGAAAGCACUGGUAGCGAAGGUAGACCGACCUUUAGGUAUUGUUUGUUUCCAGUCAGCCAAAGACAGCAACGAUGUUCUAAAUUCAUGGGCAAUGAACUUGGAGAAGGUUCUAGACCUUGUUGAGAAAAGUUGCCACCAAAUUCACAAGGAAACAAUGGUCCACAAAGCAGCCUUGAAAGUAUGAACACCUGAUGGAUGACAUGGCCAUCACAUAAACACAUGGAAAGGUAUUUGACCAGGUUCUUGAUGAUUAGUGUGUGUUUUUCCACAUUGAAGACUUGUAAUGAGAAUGGUCGAUUGUAAGAGGUGGACAGAUGUUUUAUGAUUUCCUAUCAUUUAAUUAGUUAUCUUUUGCUUUUGGUGAUAUAGUACUGAAUCUGUGACUUGAAAUAUGUAGUACCUUGUCUAAAUCAUUUGUUUUGAACCA